AUGAGAUACAGACAGAACAGAGUGACGUCUAUCGUUUGCAGUGGUGCUAGAGGAGCUAUUGACGAGGGAGGACUUGGUAAGGAUCUUGGACAAAAACCGAUUGCUCUCAAACCCUCCGUCGCACCUUCAGCUUCUCAUCGUCACCGGCCGCCGCACCUUCACAGCCGUUUGUUGACAGCAAGCCCGGCGCAGCCACUCCUUUCUUCUCCUGACCAUCCACAGUUUGUUGACCGUGAGCGAGACGCGACCACCUUCGACGACAGCAGUUGGUCGACUGCCGCCCGUUGUCCGUCCACCACCGCCUGCCAUUUUUUGGGUUUUGUUAUGAUUGUUGUCUCUGCUGGUAAACGGAAAUCGAUCUGGAAAGCAAAUCAGAAUAACUAA